AUGUCAUUUACCCCAAGAAAUAGAAAUUUAACAAACUAAAAUAAGCCAAAUGAAUUAGAUAGUCUAAUACAAAAAUUAAUAUCAUAUUAAAAUAGCCAAAAAUAAAUUUUAUACAAUACUAUAAAUUAAAAAUAUUUGAUAUAAUAACUUGAUAAAGAUAAAAUAUAGUAACUAGAACUUUUAUUCGAAAAAAGAAAAAUAGAUAUAAUUGAUUUUGUUCAUUAUUUUAUUAAAUAAAUUUCUCAUAAUGAAGAAGAAAGAAUAUAUGUAAUAAUGGCCACAAUAGAUUUAUAUAGGUCUAUUUUAUAAAAAUAUGGCGAAAAAACUAAAAUAAAUACAUCCAAUUUAUUAUCUUAUAUAUGUGAAGUAUAAUAUUAAAUCAUAUUUUUAUAUUUUUUAUUUAUUAAGAUUUAACAAGAUAAAAAUUACGAUUAAUAUAAAAUUUAGUCUCUUUAAGUACCCGAAACUAAUAAAUAUAAUAUAAAUACUUAAAAAAUAAGAUAAGUAGAUUAAAAUAUGCCACCUUUAUAUGGUAAAACAGAAGAAAAUUUAAAUACUUUAAGUAAAGAGAAAUUUUAUUCAGAUUAGUAGCAUCAUUUAAAUUAAAAUGUCAAAUAAGGAUUUUAUGCUAAAGAAAUGAAUUGUAUUUUAAGUUUAGAUAAUUUAUCGAAUAAAAUUGAUAUAUUUACUUUAGAUUGUAAAUUAAAAUAAAAAAUUAAGCCUAAUAGUUAAAAAAAUAAUGAAAAUCACACAAAAAUAAAUAAUGAUGUUAUUAUUUUUAAUUUUACCUGGAGUGAGAGAUAACAAAGAAUUGGAGCAACCUUAAAAGAUUUGAAAUUAUCUUUUUGGGAUUUAUAAGAUAAUUUUUAAUACGAAAAAUAAAUAAAUAUUCAAAACUAAUUAUCAGAAUAUUAGCUAAAUAUAUGGUUUUUAGACUUAUUUAAUACUUGGGUAACUACAGAUUCCAAAAACAAACUAUAUUUCUGGGAUAUAGAGAAAGAAAUAAUAACCCUAACAAUUUCCAACCCAAAAAUAAAGCACACAAUAUUCUAAAUACUCGAAAUUACCUAACUAAGACUUCUAGCUGUAGCAUCCCUAGACCGAAUAAUAACUAUAUGGGACAUAAACAAAUGCUAAAUAGUCUAAGAAAUUGAACUAUCAAAAAGUGGUAUCCAUUUUAUAACCUAUUUCAGUACUUAUUAAUCCUUAAUAUGUUCCGGUUUUGAAAACAACAUCUAAAUUUUCCAAAUAAAAACCGAUUUUUUAGAUAUUACACAUAAAGGGGUUCUUAUAGGUCACUUUAGUAUUAUCACGGCUAUUGAUUGUAUUGAAAAAACUCACUUAAUAAUAAGUGCUGAUGAUAGUGGAGUUUUAAAACUUUGGGAUAUAAGAACUUUGAAGUGUAUAUAGAGUAUAAAUUAUGGCAACAAAACUAAAAUUUUGAAACUAAUAAAUAUAUACGAGAAGGGGAAAUUAUGUUUUCUGGGUACAAGGGUAAAUAUUUUAUCUUUUCUUGAAAAAAAUGAAAAUUAACUUCAAAAAAAAUAAACAAAUUUUCCUAUAAAAUGUGUCCUUUAAGAUAAUAAUAUGCUAGUAUUUUCUGAAAAAGAUCUCAAAUUUAUAGAUAUAUAAACAGGAUAGGUAAAAUAAGCUUUCGUGGGAAUAUAAGGCGAUUUAGAUGGAAGUAUUAGUGCAUGUGAAGUAUUUGAUUAAGCUAAUUCUUUCAUUAUAGGAAAUAGUAAUGGAUUAAUAAAUAUGCAUAAUAUGUUUAAUGGAGACCUUCUUUUUUAAUUGGACUCUCAUUAAAAUGAAGUCUCAGGUUUAAAAGUAGAUUUCAUUAAUAAAAUGUUAAUAUCAUGUGGAUGGGAUUCAAUUGUGAAAGUCUAAUAAAUAUUACAAAAUGGAAAAGUGGAACUUAAAAGAUAAAUAGAUAAUUGCUAUUGGGGAAAAUAAGUUAAUUUAAUAGAGUUUUCAAUACAUCAUAAUAUUAUUUUAAUUGGAUCAGAUUAAUCAGAGAAAAUAUAUGUAUAUGAUUAUGAAUUUUUUAAUAUUUUAACACAACUUGAAUUAAACAAUUGUUUAACAAAAUUUAAUUUUAUAAAAAUGUAUAUUAUAUCUCUCAACUAAUAAAGGAGAUUUAAUUAUUUUCGACUUAAAAAAUAUUCUUUAGAAUUUUCCAUAUAUAUAAUCUACUACAUUAAGGUUAAAUUAUAAUCCUUAUAGAGUUUCUAAAUAAAAUUUUUUAAAAGUAAAAUAUUAUUAUUAUUAUUUUUUUUUAAACAAAAAAUUUAAUAAAAAUAGAAUAUUUAAGGAAUAAAAAACCCAUUAAUAAAACUUUAAAUAUUAAAAUCUUAAAUGGAAUAAUGCUUAAUAAAUAAUCAAGAAAAACUCUAAUUAAAAAUCGAAAAAGCUCACAAAGACUAAAUAACAACUUUAGACUUGAUAAAAUUAGAAAAGCCAUCGAUUUUAACAUCUAGUAUAGACUCCUAUAUAAGAAUCU